AUGGCGUCUAAGAGAGAAAGGCAACCAAACUGGAGCAUCUCAGAAAUAACUCUAUUACAAGAACUUGUAGAAAAGGAUGAGUUCGUGAUAAAAUCAAAGCAAACAAACACCUUAACAAAUAACAAAAAAAAUGAAAAGUGGGCAGAAAUAUGUUCUAAAAUUAAUGCAAUUGGACUUCAAAAAAGAACGACGGAGCAAGUAAAAUAUAAAUGGGGAAACUUACAACAGAAUGCAAAAAAAAUAUAUAAUGAUGUAAAAAAACAGAGGAAAUUGACUGGAGGAGGGCCGGCACCAAAGCCACCAUCAGCCGUGGAAGAAAAAAUUAUUGAAAUGAUGAAGGACAGGUCAAAUUUUAGUGGAAUAUCCUGUGGUUUUGAGUCCACUAUGCCUCCAGUGUUUGAGAGUACGAUUAUAUAA